AUGGCCACCGAGCUCACUGUCCAGUCCGAGCGCGCUUUCCAGAAGCAGCCGCAUAUCUUCCUGAAUCACAAAGCUACUGGCCCUCGCAAGAACACUCGCACCAAGCGAUGGUAUAAGGAUGUUGGUCUCGGCUUCCGUACGCCCAAGACCGCCAUCGAGGGUUCCUAUAUCGACAAGAAGUGCCCCUUCACCGGUAUGGUCUCGAUCCGUGGCCGUAUCCUGACCGGCACUGUCGUCUCCACCAAGAUGCACCGUACCCUCGUCAUCCGCCGCGAGUACCUUCAUUUCGUCCCCAAGUACUCCCGUUACGAGAAGCGCCACAAGAACCUCGCUGCGCACGUCUCCCCCGCUUUCCGUGUCGAGCCCGGUGACCAGGUCAUCGUUGGCCAGUGCCGACCCCUCUCUAAAACCGUCCGUUUCAACGUCCUCCGUGUGCUUCCCCGAACCGGCAAGGCUGUCAAGCAGUUCAGCAAGUUUUGA